AUGUCACUUACCCUCUUCAUUCAUCCUUCUCAUAUACCCUCGUGCAAGAUGACAUUGAUCGAUGCUCUUGCCGCUUUACAAGAAGGUGCAGUACCUACAAAUGAACAAACAUUAGCCUUCCUACAAAGAAUACAAACAAGUCUUCCCGCAAAAGGUGAUUUAUCCAAACCGGGAAAUCGAUUAGUAAAAGAAUUUGAAGGUUUUGUAAAUUCUAUAAAAUUAUUAAUUCAAGAUAAAAAUGACGGUGAAUAUAUUCAAGAAUUCUUAUGGAGAACAAAAGGAACGGCAGGUCAAUUGGGCAAAAAUGGAUUAAAGUUUAGAUGGGGUAAAGGCGCAAAGGAUGGCUCAGAAGAUGAUGGUAAAAAGGGCAAGGGCCUCAAGGAAAAAACAAUCGAAGCAGGAAAAGUUGUCAAGGAUGAUUCCAUACAAGCCGGAAAACAUCUUAGAACGUUGGUCAGACUAAUGCUCGUCCAACCAGAACUUCGGCACAUCUUCGGUGAUCUUGGCUAUGUGUUUGCAGAAGUAGUGGACAAGACUGCAGGGGAAUCAUUAGAAGAUGCUCGUGAUAAACUUGGUCAGGUAAAAAGUAGUACGGGAACGUUUCAAAAUGUCGCUCAAAAAGCAUUAGCACAAGCAAGAUCUGCAAAAGCCACAACAAACACAUCUCAGAAUGGUGACCUUGUCGAACGCUUAACCACAGCUGCUUCUCUCUCGGAAGCUAAGGCUCAGCCCAAUGGACAACCUAAUGGAGUUCCCUCUAUCGAACGAAAUGUUGAGCUACCUAAUAUGGCAUUGUUACGCGAGCAGCUCUCGGUAGCAUUCAAGGAUGGCAAUAUGAACCUUGAUACCAUAAAACAAGAGCUAGUGAACGGUAAUACUAUUCCCGCUUUGGAAGAGCUUCGUAAACAAGCUUUAGCUUCUGCUGCGACCUUGUCAAAAAGUCAAGAUGAUAUGCAAAGGAUGCGUGAUCAAAUCAAACAAGGUCAAAUACCUCCUGAAGUGAUGGAAGCUUUGCAAGAGAAGCAGGCUUUGAAUGAAGGUGAGGCAAGUGCAAGCGCACCUCUAACAGUAACGGAUAUCGUUGAUGCAGCACAAAUGCUCGCGAUUGCCAAUUCACAAACUCACUUAAAACCAUCCAGCGAAACAGUGAAACAGAUGGUAAACAAGACCAGAAAAGACGCUGAAGAGAAUCUAAAAGCAGCGUUCAAUGAAGAAGUACAAGAACGUCUUCUUGCUCGAACGAAGAAGUUGAUCGUAGACUGUCAGUCUACGCAAGAUUACAAAGAUGCAUUGAUUUGGUUCAUCGAACGAAUUGAAGCAUUCUUUUCGCUCGUCCAACGACAUGCAGAAUUACCAAAUUCUUCCUUAGAUGAAGCAUUGUCAUAUAAUGCAGAGCCACUCCUUCAAUUGUUGGAAAAUUUCAACGGAAAAGAAUCCGUUCGACCUAUCCUUGAAGCAGCAAAAGUAUUAUCAAACGGCGCAAAAGAGGAUCCUCAAAUUCGUACUUUCUGGUUGGAUGCAGAUGCACACCUGAGAAGAUGUUUGUUGGAAGAAGGAUUCAUUUUGACACCCGAAGCAGAUGAAGGAUUGCGCAAAUUGAUCGAUCGUUUCAAGAACCUUGCCGUCACAUAUCGUCAAAAGAUCUCGAGCUUUAUUGAAGGGGUUGCAUCAUUCUUCAACUCGAUCAGAAAAGAUGCUCUGGUGAUCAAGCUUCUCUCUGCUCUGAAAUCCAUCUUUGAUGCUGUACGCAAAGAUGGAUGGAAACCUGGCGCUCUUUGGCAUGAUCUACGUCACAAGAUCUUACCUCCCCUGUUCGAGAAAUUCGGUGUGAUUCCCGUUCCAAGGAUCAAAUAUCUUCAUCCAGAUUUCGAUUUAGUGAUUGAGAAUAUCGCACUUGAACUUUCAACACUUUUGCCAGACACGUUGGACAUGCGAUUGACGAAUGACGUUCAUUUCGAUUUCCGACAAUUGAAAGAUUCAAAUCAUUCACACAGUUUCAAAAUCAAGAUCAAAGGAAUGUCACUAAGGGUGUACAAGCUUGCAUUUGCCGUUACUUCUCGUUUGGGUUUCACAUUCCACGAUAAAGGUAUUGCAGACCUUUUGAUCAAGAAUUUCGGUUUGAGUAUUUAUAUCGAUGUUCCUAAAGAUCCUGGACCGCAUUAUUUCACCGUACGCAAAGUCAAGGCAAAAUUGGGAUCUUUACAUCUUAAAGUGUAUGAAAGCAAUCAUCGAUUCUUGCAUUUCAUGGCGGAUAAACUGGCGAACAGCUAUUUGACAAAACGGAUCUUACGGCAUUUUAUCGCAGAAGGUAUCACAUUAGGAUUGAAACAAUUAGACGUUUAUUUGAUGACAUUACGUUUAGAUCGUGAUGGUAAGAAAGGAGAUGUGAAAUUGGAAGACAUCAAACGACAAAUGGCGGAAUUACGUGAUUUAUUGAAAAAGUAUCAUGAACAAGCAGGUACGAUUGAAAUUGAUUUCACACGUGAAGAAAACGUUACUGGAAUGACGUUAAGCGAUCGUGCAAAAGCGGCAGGCAAGAGUAUCGAAAAUAGUCAUGCUGUCAAAUGGGUGAAAAAGCAAGUUGAUGAAACUGGACGUAAGGAAAUUAUUCGGAAUGAAUGGAGAAGUAAUGCUUUCGAUCUUGAUGGCAUGGAUACCAUCAAACCUGCACCGGAAGUGCAACCUGCUCAAGGUGAUAGCACCGCACAAGACACAGAGAAUGUCGCUGCACCUGUUGAUGAUGAAGUGCACGAAUCGGUGGAGGCCGCAGUCAUUCGCGGUAAGCCAGAAGGCCCAACGGAUGAAAGGGUGGUUGAUAAAGCAGAGCAGGAACUAAAGGAAGCAGAAGCAGAAGAACGAUCGGAACGACAGGAAGUUCAAAGUCCGGAAGGCAUGUCAUCAAAGAUUGGAAAGCAGGUAGUGUCUCAAUCAGAUGACCGAAGCAAGCAGGCUGAACAGUUGGAGAAAGUUGUCGAUGAUCACGUUGAUCCGUCAUCAUAA